GACGCGAUGACCCACCUGAUGCGGAUCUCGAGGGUCCUGCGGACGCCGCAGGGGAACGCCCUGCUGGUGGGGGUGGGGGGGUCAGGGAAGCAGAGCCUAACCAGGCUGGCGUCGUUCAUUGCAGGAUACCAAACUUUUCAGAUCACACUGACCAGGUCGUACAGCAGCAGUAACCUGCUGGAGGAUCUGAAGACCUUGUAUCGUAUCGCUGGUCAGCGAGGAAGAGGAGUCACUUUCCUCUUCACUGACAAUGACAUAAAAGAUGAGGCCUUCCUUGAAUACAUGAACAAUGUGCUGGCAAGCGGUGAAGUCUCUAACCUGUUUGCUCGUGAUGAGCUGGACGACAUCUCUCAGGAUCUGAUUCCUGUGAUGAAGCGGCAGCACCCCCGCCGACCUCCGACCUCCGAGAACCUGUACGACUUCUUCCUGUCCCGAGUGCGGAGCAACCUCCACGUCGUCCUCUGCUUCUCGCCUGUCGGGGAAAAGUUUCGGAAUCGAGCGUUAAAGUUCCCGGGCCUGAUCUCAGGCUGCACCGUGGACUGGUUCCAGCGCUGGCCCCGCGACGCCCUUGUGGCCGUGUCGCAUCACUUCCUGUCCCAGUACCACGAUCUGCGCUGCUCGGAGGAUGUUAAGCGAAGCAUAGUGGUUACCAUGGGCAUCUUUCAGGACCUGGUGGCCGAGAAGUGUGCCGAGUAUUUUGAGCGAUUCCGCCGCCAAACGUUUGUGACGCCAAAAUCCUACCUGUCCUUCAUCUCCAGCUACAAGGUCAUCUAUGCACACAAGAUGGCCGACGUUGGCACACUCGCAGAGCGUAUGAAGACAGGUCUGUGUAAACUGAUGGAGGCGGAGCAGGCGGUGUCCCUCCUCUCAGAGGAGCUGCAGCUGAAGGAGCAGGAGCUCGCCGUCGCCUCCGAGAGGGCAGAGGAGGUCCUGCAGGAGGUCAUGGCCAAAGCUCAGGCUGCGGAAAAGGUGAAGCAGCAGGUGCAGAAGGUGAAGGAUAAAGCUCAGCUCAUCGUCGACGAGAUAGAAGCUGAUAAGGCUUCUGCAGAGACCAAACUGGAGGCUGCCAAACCAGCACUGCAGGCUGCUGAGGAUGCACUACAGACCAUUAAGCCGGCGGACAUUGCCACAGUGAGGAAGCUGCAGAAGCCUCCUCACCUCAUCAUGAGGAUCAUGGACGCCGUGCUGCUGCUGUUCCAGAGAAAGAUCGACACGGUGAGCGCUGACCCUGAGCGGCCGUGUCCCAAACCUUCGUGGGCCGAGGCCAUGAAGCUGAUGCAGAACUCAUCCUUCCUCAGCAUGCUGCUCAACUUCAGCAAGGACUCCAUCACAGAGGAGGUGGUGGAGCUGCUUGCUCCCUACCUGGAUAUGGACGACUACAACCUGGAGUCAGCCAAGAGGAUCUGCGGGAACGUGGCUGGACUCUGCUCCUGGACCCAGGCCAUGGCAGACUUCUUCUCCAUCAACAAGGAGGUGCUGCCUCUGAAGACUAACCUGGCUCUGCAGGAGGCUCGUCUGGUGGUCGCUCAGACUGAAUUCACUAAUGCUCAGGACCAGCUGGACGCCAAACAGCGGGAGCUGGACUCCGUGAAGGCGCUUUACGACGCUGCCAUGAAGGAGAAGCAGGACCUGGAGGAGGACGCCCAGGCCUGCCGCCGCAAGAUGUCCAACGCUACUGCUCUGAUCGAGGGGCUGGGGGGGGAGAAGGUGCGUUGGACUGAGAGCAGCGCUGGGUUUCAGACGCAGAUCACACACCUGGUGGGGGACGUACUUCUGUCCGCAGGCUUCCUGUCCUACGCCGGGCCCUUCAACCAGGAGUACCGCAGCCUGCUGCUGGAGCUGUGGAAGAGAGAGAUGGAGGAGAGGCUCAUCCCCUUCAGUCCUGACUUGAACGUGAUUGGCCUGCUGGUAGACAACACCACGGUGAGCGAGUGGAGCCUGCAGGGGUUACCCAGCGACGACCUGUCCAUCCAGAACGGCAUCGUGGUGACCAAGGCGUCCCGCUACCCGCUGCUGAUAGACCCCCAGGGCCAGGGCAAGACCUGGAUCCAGAACAGGGAGCGGGACCAGAAGUUGCAGAUGACGUCUCUGAACCAUAAAUAUUUCCGCUCUCACCUGGAGGACAGUCUGUCUCUGGGGCGCCCCCUGCUGUUGGAGGACGUUGGGGAGGAACUGGACCCUGUCCUGGACAACAUACUGGACAAAAACUACAUCAAGUCUGGAUCCACUUAUAAA